AUGUGUACUGAUAUAAAUGAUCAAGAUGUUGAUGAAAUUAUUGAAACUAAGAGAAUAUUAAAGAAACGAAAACCUAAAGAAGUUAAUGAUUAUACAACUAAACAGGAUUUAAAAAUUCAUGAAAAUAAAAGAGAUAAAAAUUUAGAAAGUAGUAAAAUUGAUCAAAGAAUAGAAAAAUCUACAGAAAUUUCAAAUAAUAAAAGUGAAGAUAAAACUGAUGUUAUUGAUAAGAAAGAGAUUGAACAUAUAAAGAAAGAGAUUAAAAACAUAAAACAAGAAAUUAAUAAGAAACUUGAUAAACCUGUUAAUGAUAAUAAAACUGAGAAACCAAAUAAUACUCAAAACACUAGUAACAGUGGAUUUAAUAAUGAUCAACAAUCACAAUCUUCUUUAUAUUUAAAAUCACAAGAAAAACCAACAAUUUAUAAAAUUGAUCCAAAUAAAGAAGUUAAAGAAAAUGAAAGAUUUAAAUUAAAGUUAAAAAAGGAUUUUAAGAUUGAUAAAAGAUUUGUUGAUAAUCCAACUAAAAAAUCAAUUAAAGUUGUUGAUGAUAAAGGUAAGAUUCGUAAUGUUGAAUAUAACUUAGAAAAUUUAAAACCUAUUUCAGUGUAUUAUGACUUUAAGUCACCUAAUUCUAGUGAAAAAUACAGAUUUUUUAAUAAAAAUUCACCUAACACUUAUAAUGAAGAUAUUAAAACUGGGAAGGUAUCUCAUAAAAAUCUGUUAAUUGAUAAUUAUCAAACACAUCAUCUACAUACUAAACCACAAAAACAUAAUUUUAAUUUUACAGGUGAUAGAAUUUAUCUAAUUCAAAAUUAA